AACCGAGGCCCAGUCCGCACACACACACACACAGUGUCCGCUCGCCAUGUCCGCCCAGGUGCUCGUGUCCAGCCCGCCGGCCCCGCAGAGUGUCCCGGUGGGCAGCCUGCCGGCAGUCAGCGUGCAGGAGGCGGCCAACACCGGCCAGCACUCCUCCUCCGGCCUGGCCACCGCCGGCUUCCGUACCGCCCGCUACCUGCUGGAAGAGUGGCAGCAGGGCAACUACACCGCCUUCUACCGGGCGUUCGCCGACCGCGACAGCUCGGAGCGGGCCAGGGGGGAGCACAAGCAGGUGGCGGCGGAGGCCGAGGCCCGAGCUCAGCGCAGCCAGGCCGAUGGCACCAGGAAGCUGGGGGAGAGGCUGCUGGACAUCCACUACUGGCGGUCGGAGCUGGCCAGGGAGACCGGGGAGCUGGCCGCCGAGACCGAGCUCCUCCUGCAGCAGAGAGACCGGCUGGAGAGAGCGCUGGACACCAGCGAGAUCCCCCUCUCCAUCUCAGCGGACAACCUGCAGUGCCGGGAGAGGAGGCAGGGGGCCGAGCUGGUCAGGGAUGGGGUGGAGGUGGAACUGCUGCAGGAAGUGGAAUUAAUAAGAAACAUACAAGAACUUCUAAAGCGAACUUUGGAGCAAACCGUUCAGCAGAUUCGAAUGAAUCGAACUGCUAAGGAAACUCUGGAGAUGGAUUGGUCAGAUAAAGUCGAGGCAUAUGAAAUUGAUGAUAAAAACGGGAGAUACAAUAAUCAGAGUACAGAGAUCCAGUUUCACCCAAACUCCUCUAAAUACGAAGACAAUACCACCACGCCUGACUCUUGGGCCCAGUUCAGCCAUGACAACAUAUACAAAGCUGAAAGAGAGAGACUGGCCUCAAUCAAUCUGCGUUCCCUGAUCGACAACAUCCUUCAGGAUACUUCACAGGACAUGCGUACCCAGUGUGGCGCCGUAGACCAUGCCUUUGCAAAGCGCUGUGAGGAAGUGGAAGAUGCCAGAAAUAAAUUAGAAAUGCAUCUGAAGAAGACCUUGGGUGAAAUCGGGGACCAGGAGAACAACAUUGCGUUUCUCAAGCAAGCUAUUAAGGAUAAAGAAGCACCAAUGAAAGUUGCUCAAACAAGACUUUACCAACGAUCCUAUAGACCUAAUGUUGAGCUCUGCAGAGAUCCCGUUCAGUUCAGGUUGAUCAGUGAAGUUGGAGAACUCACAGAUUCCAUUGAGGUUCUAAAAAUGAAACUGGAAAAUGCAGAACAGUGUCUUAUAAACCUGGAGGACACCAGGAUGUCACUGGAGAAAGAUAUUGUCAACAAGGCUAACAGCCUGUUUAUUGACAGGGAGAAGUGCAUGACCCACCGCACUCGUUACCCUGUUAUCAUGAAGCUCUCUGGAUAUCAGUAGAUAUUUUGAAAGAAAUAGAAAUGAUUUAUAAAGAGCUUGAUUUUCUCAUUGAAGUGAAUUGAACUCAAUAAGCUAUUUAUAAAGAAAAUUAUUUCAUUUCCGAAGUGAAUCGAAAUGAAUAAAG